AUGGCAGCUGUCACUCACACAGACUUCAGGCCAGGAACUUUCAUCCUUGUUGGCACCCCUGGCCUGGAGAAGUUUCACCUCUGGAUUUCUGUCCCAUUCUUCUCCAUGUAUAUUUUUGCACUUCUAGGGAACUUAGUCUUGCUGUUUGUCAUAUUAAGAGAACAAAGCCUUCAUAAGCCUAUGUACCUUUUCCUUUCUGCAUUAACAGUAGCAGACUUGCUCUUACCUACCUCUACAGUGCCCAGGAUGUUAGCUAUUUUCUGGUUCAGACUGAGGGACAUUUCUUUCGGUGCAUGCCUUGCUCAGAUGUUUCUAGUUCAUUUUGUUUUUGCUGCAGAGUCAGCAAUUCUGGUGGCCAUGGCCUUUGAUCGGUAUGUUGCCAUCUGCAACCCCCUGAGAUACGUGACUUUAUUGACCCCCUCGAUCACAUGGAGAAUAGAGCUGACAGCUGCUAUCAGAAGCCUCUGCAUUGUCCUCCCCUUUGUUUUUCUGCUUCAAAGGCUGCCGUACUGCAGAAAGCGCGUUAUCCCUCAUUCUUACUGCGAGCACACGGGUGUAGCCAGACUGGCCUGCACAAGCAUAAAAGUCAAUGCUGCAUACGGUUUAACAGUUGUCCUGCUGUCGGUGGGGAUAGAUGUAGUGGUCAUUGCUGUCUCUUAUGGCCUGAUUCUCAGGGCUGUCUUCCAGCUCCCCUCCGCGGGUGCCCGUCUCAAGGCUAUCGGCACCUGCAGCUCCCACCUCUGCACCAUCCUCAUGUUCUACACCCCAGCGUUUUUCUCCUUUCUUACACACCGGUUUGGUGGCCACAGCAUCCCCCGCCCCAUCCACAUACUGCUGGCCAGUCUCUGUGUAGUGGUUCCCCCCAUGCUAAAUCCUAUCAUUUAUGGAGUGAAAAACAAGCAGAUUCGUGAAACACUAAUGUGCAUGUGGUCCUCCUUGGCUUCCUUGUGUCUCUUGCAGUGGAGCUGUCCUGCCAUGAAAUGGGUCAGGAUCAGCAAAUAG